AUGGGAAAGUCAAGACGAAACAGAGGCGGCCAAAGCCAUCGCAAGGACCCCAUCGCCAAAACCGUCAAGCCGCCCUCCGACCCCGAGCUCGCCGCCCUCAGGGAAAAGUCCAUUUUGCCCGUCAUCAAGGACCUGCAGAGCUCUGAGACCAAGUCGCGCACCGCCGCCGCUGAGGCUGUCUCCAACCUCGUCUCCAAUGAAAAGUGCCGGAAGCUGCUGUUGCGCGAGCAGAUUGUUCACAUCGUUCUCAAUGAGACUCUCACCGAUGCGAGCCUCGACAGUCGCGCUGCCGGCUGGGACAUCUUGAGGGUCCUCGCCGAGGAGGAGGAGGCCGACUUUUGCAUUCACCUUUACCGUCAGGAUGUCCUGAGCGCUAUCGGCUUUGCUUCUCAGACUAUUCUCCAAAACCUCGCAAAGGGUUCAUCUCUGAGCAAGGGUGAAUCAAAGGUCACCUGGGCCAUCACCGAGUCUGUCAUUGGCCUUUUGUCUGCCCUCGCCGAGGCGCAGGAUGAGGUUCUCGAGGCCAUUGUCAGCAUCGAGGGCAUCAAGCACCUGCUCUUCACCGUCGUCGCCCACCCCGAUACACCGUCAAGCAUCUGCCUCGACUCUCUCUCUGCCCUCCUGACCUUGUCCGAAGACAAUCAACGCCUGGCGCAGGAUGUCGUCGCAGACGAGAGCCCGAAGCCCCUGACGGCGUUGACCAAGCUGCAAGGGGUCGCUGGCGCAAAGGGCGUCCUGGCCUGUGGCGUUUUGCACAACAUCUUCACCACCUUACACUGGUUCGACAGCACGCCGGGACCCAAGGACCUCUCUGACGCCUCUCUCAUCCCGACAUUGUCGUCGGCACUCAAGAAUACCAAGCAAGAUACCGAUUUGCCACCCAAGAGCCAAUGGUCUAACCCGACCGAGGUCCUUCAACUUGCCUUGGAGAUCCUGGCCGAUGUUGGAACAACACUGCAGCAGUCUCUACAGGGGGGUGACAGCAAAAAAGUCAAGGAGGAGUGGAACGGAAUUGAAGACGACGACACCGCGAUGGACGAGGACAUCAAGGAGAACGGCUCCGGCGACGAGAAUAUUGGUGAAGGAGACGACGACGACGACGACGACUCCAUGGACGAAGACGAGAUGCAGGCCGACAUGGACCUCGUGACCGGCGCCGACGAUGACGUCGAGGAGGAGGCGAGCAUGGACGACCUACCCACCCUGCGCGAGCUGGUACAGCAGGCCAUCCCGCAGCUCAUCAGCCUCGCAACCCCAUCAUCACAAUCAGAGGGCGACGUCCGGGUGCAAGCGCAUGCCCUGGCCGCCCUAAGCAACAUCGCCUGGUCCAUUUCCGUCUUUGACUUCUCCGACGACCACAACGCAGGCAUCCUCAAGGCGUGGGCGCCCUCGGGCAAGGCCAUCUGGGGAAAGGUCAUCGCCCCCAUCCUGGCAGCCAACACCGCCGACGUCGAGCUGGCGACAAAGGUCACCAGCCUCGCGUGGGCCGUUUCCCGCAGCUUGCCCAGACGCUUACCCCUUGGCGGCGACGAGCACAACAAGUUCAUGGCGCUGUACCACGCUACCAAGAACCUCCCUCAAAAGGAGGCGGCUACCGGCGCAGCAAACGGGGAAAAGUCAAAGGACGAGGAAACCGAAGACCCCUUCCAAGGUCUCGGCGUCAAGUGCAUCGGUGUUCUAGGCCAGCUGGCCCGGGACCCCGCACCCGUCGCGCUCAACAGAGAGAUAGGCGUGUUCCUGAUCACGGUGGUCAACUCCCUGCCAGAAACCCCGGCUGCGGACGCCGUCGAGGCCCUGAACCAGGUGUUCGACAUCUACGGAGACGAAGACAUGGCAUGCGAUAAGGAGGUGUUCUGGAAGGACAACUUCAUUCAGCACCUCGAGGCGGCUCAGCCCAAGGUCAAGGCUUUGGUGAAGACGAUCGAUAAGCGAACCCACCCCGAGCUGCGCACUCGCACCGAGGAGGCUGUGUUGAACCUCGGACGCUUCAUCCAGUAUAAGAAGAAGAACAAGGCAUGA